AUGUCAUCAAAUAAUAAUAAUAAUAAUAAUCGUCAUAUGAUAAGUACUCCAGCCCCAGCUACUACUGCCCCAGCCGCCGCUGCCGCCGCCGCCCCAACUGAAAAGAUCCAAUUGGCUAAGGUCACCGAAGUUCUCUGCAGAACCGGUUCCCGUGGUGCUGUCACCCAAGUCCGUGUUGAUUUCUUGAACACCGAUAAGCCACGUUCCCUCCUCCGUAACGUCAAGGGUGCCGUCCGUGUUAACGAUAUCCUCUGUUUGCUCGUAUGUCUUUAUUCUUUUUAA